AAAAACGUCUGUAUAUCAGAAAGGGCAAUUAACAUGUCCCAAAUACGGCAAACAAACAAGAAGGAACUGCUUGUAAAUGUUGAGUUAAAAUGCGUCGUUGUUCAGAGCAGAGCAGCUGACCCCUAGAGCAGCUAUAGCCUAUCGGAUGAACGGAGGAGGCACAUGUGUGUCCGAACAGCGAGCAGCCCGUCGAUGGAUUCAACAGCAAAAUACUUUUUGGGUUUUUGAAAAGUAUCUGUUAUAAGACCAAAUUCAGCAAUGAUUUAAUGAAGUGCAUCUUGCACUUUGAACGUUUGUUGAAAACAGCUCUAAACUUUACUGCAGCCCAGGUUCGUGUCAUCAAAAGUAUCUUUAAGCCUGCAGACGUCAACUCGUGUAGGGAAAACGUGUUUAAAUCUUGAGAAGAUAUUUCAAAUUGAUGAAGAACUAAUGUACAUUUUGGGGAGUGGUCCAUUUCAUUACUCGAUGCGGACUCCUCGCGGUUUGGCGCUUUUUGCGGUUCUUCUGGAUCUCCAUCUGCACCAGGCGAACGCCAUCCCUGCUGAGUGCGACCCUAACUACGUCCUUAUUGAAGAUGAAAUCAAAUGUAUGGAACUGCUGAAGAUCAACAGGAGUUCACAUAAUGUUGGGCAGGAAGAGUGCAGGGGCCUCUGGGACGAUGUGAGCUGCUGGCCCCAUGCGGUGGAGGGGGAGGUGGUGUCUGUCCCCUGCCCAACCUUCCUGCAAACCACAGGGAGAGUUUAUAAGAACUGUACGGAGUCCGGCUGGAGUGAAUCCUACCCCCCCCACGAGAUAGCGUGUGACUACGGCUUCAAUGGAAGCUUCUCUAUCGAGACGGCGGUGUCGCCGCGGUACUUCCUGUAUGUCAGGAUCAUGUACUCCGUGGGCUAUGCCGCUUCCCUCGUCUCCCUGGUCGUUGCCGUGACGAUUCUCUGUCUCUUCAGGAGACUUCACUGCACUCGUAACCUGGUCCACAUCCAGCUCUUCCUCUCCUUCAUCCUGCGUUCCACCCUUAUCUUCGUCAGAGACCUGCUGCUCUUUACCUCCCAGGACCACUUCCACUGCGGCGUUUACCCGAUGAGCUGUAAGAUUGCCACAGCCCUCUCCAACUACAGCAUCAUGGCCAACUACAGCUGGCUGCUGGCCGAGGGACACUACCUGUACAGCCUGGUCAGCGUCUCGCUCUUCUCCCGCCGCAGACACCUGGGCUGGUACAUCGCCCUCGGCUGGGGCGCUCCGGCGGUGGUGCUGGUGGCCUGGUGUGGCUCCCGGUGUUACUUUGAGGACGAAGGGUGCUGGGAGACGCGGCGGGUGGAGUGGAUCUGGUGGAUCCUCAGAGCUCCCGUUCUGCUGUUCAUCAUCGUGAACUUGUCGUUCUUCCUCUGCAUCAUGAGAAUACUGGUGGCCAAGCUGAGAACACAAGACAUGCCCGGCAAUGAGUUCAACCAUUACAGGAAGCUUGCCAAGUCCUCAUUCCUGCUGGUGUCCCUGUUUGGUCUUCACUACAUACUCUUCGCCUUUGUGCCGGAUAAAGUCAACAACACGUCGGUGGAAAUAUGGAACUUUAUUGAGUUAGCCUUCGCUUCAACUCAGGGGUUCGUGGUUGCCAUUUUGUACUGUUUCCUAAAUGGGGAGGUGAAGAGUGAGAUGAGGCGGAGGUGGGGAAGGUGGAGGCUGAUGCAGGGCCUCCAGGGGCAGAGGCAGCGGGGGUCCAUGAGUCAGAGUGGGGGGGCCACCACCAACGUCUCCCUGCUGCAACGGGGACCCACCACGCCCCCGCCAAGCCUGGAGAAGUGA